GGUCAGAGUUUUGACACAUUCGAGUGCCGCUUUUGCUGCUGCUGUGUCUCUUCUUAUUUAUAUAUUCAAAGGAGAGAGGUCUGUUGCUUGUCCCGCAGUUGUUUCCAAGCUCGCGUCACCAUUACAUCCAAAAACGAGCCGGACUUUUUAGCGCGCGCUUCUCGGGUGCUCCAACACAAGCGAGUGAUCGGCGCUGUCGUGGGCAUCGUCAUGGUCGCGGCGCUAAUCAUCGCGAUCCCUCUUGUGCUCCAGACCUCCGUGAUCUCAGCGCACUACGAGAUGAUGGGCACCUGCCGGAUGAUCUGCGACCCGUACAACCCCAAAAAGAGCACCACCGCGCUGGAGGUCAUGCAAGACCUCAGCGGCAUCCCGCCGUCCUUUGCGCAAGGGACCAGAGGCGAACCGGGACGACCGGGCAAACCGGGACCGAGAGGUCCACUUGGCGAACCUGGCCCGCCUGGUCCGAGGGGACCACCCGGAGACUCAGGAAGACCCGGAUUCACCGGCGUCACGUCGGGGACGGCAAGGACCGAGACGGGAGACGCUGGCCCCGCGUUAGGGAACGUCAAGAUCGCGUUUUACGUCGGUCUCAAAAACCCUCACGAGGGCUACGAGGUGCUCCGCUUUGACGAUGUUGUGACAAACGUGGGAAAUCACUACGACCCCACCACCGGCAAGUUCACGUGCCAGGUGUCCGGGAUUUACUACUUCACCUAUCAUGUGCUGAUGCGCGGUGGGGACGGCACGAGCAUGUGGGCAGACCUCUGUAAAAACGGACAGGUGCGCGCCAGUGCCAUCGCGCAGGACGCGGACCAGAACUACGAUUACGCGAGUAACAGCGCAGUGCUUCAUCUGGACUCCGGAGACGAGAUUUACGUCAAACUCGAAGGAGGAAAGGCGCACGGAGGAAACAACAAUAAAUACAGCACAUUCUCCGGCUUUAUUCUGUAUCCAGAUUGAGAUGCGCAAUGCUUUAGUGACUUCUCCAUGUAUACUGUGGUUGGGAAUAUAUGGAUCAUCUUCUGUGUGCGCCUGCGUGAGAACAUCUGCGUUGUAUGUUCUGUCCAAUUCCGUUUUUAAAGAUGUGCUGUGUUUGUAUGCCUGUUUAACACAGAAUGACGGACACAUGAAAUCAGGAUGUCAGACAUUAGUUGACACUCUUAAUUGUUCUCUCUGCGUUUGUUUGCCCAAAUCAAUUUAUUUUCAUGCCAUCAACAUUUAUAAGCAUACUGUGUGUUGAUUAUUCACAUGUUCAUAUAUAUUUUAUAUAUUAUUCUUUUAAAUAUUAAAAGCCUUUGUGGUGUUCAUUUGAUGUAUGUAUUGUAUGGAUAAUAUUAAAGUAUUAUGGGUACUCUCGACAGAAAAGCUGAGUAUACAACAACCAACUUUUUAUUAUUUCAAGAACCUUAAAAUCCGCUCUCAACUGAAAUGUUACAUUCAUCAGUAGUCUAUACAGUAGUGGUCAUGAUCGUAUUGCAGAACUCUGUCUCAAACAGAGGUGAGCAUUAGAGAAUUACAAUGUUUUGAUUUUGUAUGUAAAUAAGUGUGUGCGUGUGUGUGUGUGCGCGCGUGUGUGUGUGUGUGCGUGCGUGUGUGUGUGUGUGUGUGUGUGCGCGCGCGCGCGUGCGUGCGUGUGUGCGCGUGUGUUUUAAUGAAGUGUUGUCACUCAGCAUGAAUCUCUGGGACUUCACUUUUGACCUUACAGGUUCUUCUGAGACCUCCAGCAGCAGUGCGGAUAAUCCGCCGUGCAUGCCAAACCACAAUCACAACCACAGAGAGAAAGAGAGAGAAUUCCUGAACAGAAAAUCAUUCUUAUAACGUCUCCACCCUUUACCGUUUACGCAAUUAACCUGACAUUAUAGUGCUGUGAUUCUGAUUGUGGUUAAUCAAAAAGCAAAGAGCUUUUCUAAAGUAAAACCUGUGUGCAGAAAGAUUAAUAAACAUUCUC